AUGCCUUCGAGACGGCAGAGCCGAGGCUUGAAAACAAGAAAUGGAUGUGCUCAAUGCAAACAGCGCCGAAUAAAGUGCGAUGAAAAGAAGCUAAGCUGCUUCAAUUGUAAUCGGUUCAACCAGGACUGCAGUUUUCAACACACGGAGCCAUUCCUCUUCAUAUCGCGUGCUCUCCUUCAACCGAAUCUGUCAAAUCCAUCCUCGCAUGUUGAAUCAGAGCCAGAGGCAUCACGAAAGCAUCGAAAUGACCAACUUAUGCUACCGUGUGAACCCUCCUUCACGUUAGAGGAUAUGCGUCUGCUCCACCACUUCACCACCUACACCGUUGUGACUUUAUCGGAUCAUACAGAGGCUCAGAUGGUAUGGAGUACUAGCAUCGUGAACUGCGCGUUUCAGCAUCCAUUUCUGCUUCAAGGUAUCUUAGCCAUCGCUGCACUGCAUCUCGCCGCUCGAGACCCUAAGAAAGAAGAUAGGCUGUCAAUUAUGGCUGCCAGUAAGCAAAACAUCGCUUUACACGAUUUUCGCUCACAAAUGGAACGAAUCACGCCGGAGAAUUGCGAUGCAUUGUUUGCUUUCUCCUUUCUCGCUAGCUACUACAUCCCAGCGUCCGCGGGCACCGUGAUCAACCCGUCGGGAAACUUCCUAAAAGAAGACAUGUUCAAUGCAAUAGUAUAUUGGUUGCAGCUAUGUCAUGGUACAAGCAGCAUUUACCAUCAUUCAAAGGAAUGGAUCGGAGAAGGGCCUCUGAGCAGUCUCUUUUGGCCAGACCAGUACUCUGAGAUCGAUCGAUCUAGUGUGGUUUGCGAACAGGUUCCUGUCUCUGCACCCCACGAGCGGCGUCUAAGAGAGUUGGAGGACCUAUGUCAGCAAGACCUGGGCCGAGAAGGACUCGAUAGUGCGACGGACAUUGAGGAAAAAGAAUUGAAUGCACAUGCCCUCGGAAUAUUCAUGAAACUCUUUCGUCGUUUGAAUGACCAGCACAACAGACAAGAUGUGCAGCCCUCCGCAAAAUUGAUGCACAAGUUACCCGAGCUUCAACGCGACACGAGGAAAAGACCCUCUGUCUUCACUUUGUCGCUGGCUUGGCUCUUCGAGAUUCCAUUGGGAUUUAUCGAGCUACUGGAACAGCAACGGCCUAUCUCCUUGGUGAUUUUUGCACAUUUUGCGCUCCUGCUGCUUCAUGCACCGCAAUUCUGGUGGAAUAAGCCUAUUGCCAUGAAAAUUGUGAAAGCAGUCAACACAUCUCUGGCUACCCGAUACCAUCGGUGGAUCAAAUGGCCUUUACAUGAAAUCAUGCAGCGAUAUGACCAGAUGGGCUAUGCUGGAGUGAGCCAUGUCAAUAGCUCACAUAAUCGUGCGCAUGUAUAA